CCUCGUCUUUUUGAUGAACAAAUGUUAACACGGGUUUUUGGUAUCUGCUCACAUGCAGAUGUGAGGGGUGAGAGGAGCAGCUAUGAUUUUCAAUGCAACAGCUGGUGGAUUUGUUAUCUUCAUUCUCUGUGCAGCAGUGGUGCAGAGUCAGAAUGACUGGGGGGUGACUUACACCUCCGCUAGCAUCUGUGCCUUAACGGGAUCAACUGUAAAAAUGAGCUGCAGAUACAGACACCCAACCAGAGACAAUAACCAGAAGAUCACUGUAACAGAAACAUUCUGGUUUGUUCACUCUGAAAAUGAACAUGUGGAUCGAACAUUCAAGUACUCUGGUCGUGUUCAGCAUCGCUGUAAUAAAAAUGUCUGCACACUGACCAUCUCGAACGUGAGAGAGAGCGACUCAGCAGAAUACAAGUUCAGGUUCAUUACAAACUCACCAGGUGGACGCUUUACUGGUUCUCCGGGAGUCUUUUUAACGGUUUCAGGUGUGAAGAAUCCACCCUGCACCGAAGUGACUUACAAUCAAAAAAGAAUCUGCGCAGUCAAAGGAUCAUCAGUGAGCAUUUCCUGUUCAUACAGUCCACAAUAUGUCACAUCAAAAUUCUGGUACAUUCCUGGACGCAGUUACCAGUGGCGGUCUCCUUCACAAGCUGAGGAUCUUAAACAUGACCGUCAGUAUUUAAAUCGUGUUUGGGUCUUUGACACAACAGAACAAUCCUCUCUGACAAUCUUCAACUUGACAGAAAGUGAUUCAGCUGAAUAUCGCUUCAAAUUUCAAACAAGUUGGUUUGAAUGGCGAAGUGAUGCAGAUGGAGUAACUCUAACAGUCACAGCUCUGCAGGUGCAGGUGACCAAAACAUCACCUUAUCGGAAUGGUACCAAUAUACAGCUGAGGUGUCACAGCAUCUGCAGCCCAACUGAUCGUCAUUCCUUCAUCUGGUUCAGGAACGGACAUAUAAUAAGAGAGGGCACGAGCUCCUUUAUAGAUAUUUAUUAUCUUGGAGGCCAAAUCUCCUGUGCAGUUAAACAAGACAAACACAGAGCUCCUGCAGUGUAUGCUCCAGAUUCUCCCUCAGUGUGGGUGAAUUCUUCUGGUGAAAUCAUGAUGGGUCGUUCUGUAAAGCUGACCUGCAUCAGUAGCGCUAACCCAGAAGCUAACUACUCCUGGUACACGAAAAACAGACCUGAAGCCCUUCAGCCUCCCAGUAAAGCUCCAGACUUUGUCAUCAGCUCCAUUCAGCCCUCUGACUCUGGAGAGUAUUACUGUACUGCUGAGAAUGAGCUGGGCAGGACAACAUCUGGAAACACACACAUUGAUGUAAAAUAUGCUCCAAAGCAUCCCUCAGUGUCAGUGAAUCCCCCUGGUGAGAUAGAGGAAGGCCAGUCAGUAAAUCUAACUUGUAUCAGUGAUGCUAACCCAGCAGCUACUUACACCUGGUACAAGGAAAACCAGACAUCGCCUCCAGCAAAGAAAGUCAUUUAUCACUUUACCACUAUCAGUCGAAAUGAUUUUGGGCUCUACCUCUGCACAUCUGAGAAUAAGUAUGGACAAAGAAACUCCUCCUCUGUCUACAUAGACGUCCAGUAUGCUCCAGAUGUUCCUUCAGUGUCAGUGAGUCCCUCUGGUGAGUUAGUGGAGGGUGCUUCAGUGAAUAUGACCUGCAGCAGUGAUGCUAACCCAGCAGCUAACUUUACCUGGUACAAGGAAAACGAAGACUCACCAAAAGCAUCAGGACAGAUGUUUACCAUCAAUGAUAUCAGAUCUGAACAUGGUGGAAUUUACUACUGUAGAGCCCAGAAUCGAAGAGGACAUAAGAAGUCCAACCUACAUUUGAUCAUUGCUUCAAGUUCAGUCAAAUCAGCUGUAGCUACUUCCAUCACUGUUUUUUUUUCUGGCCGUCAUCCUGUUUAUCUGCAUUGUUGCUGGCGUUCUGUUCAGAAGAAGGAGGUCCUCAAAACAAAGCUCAGAGUCCAGAAAGAGACCAGACAGCAAUGCACAGAAUGUGGCUCCAGAAUAUGACAAUGUGUCGGUGGCAGGACUCAGACCACCUGAGAAGCAGGAUGAAAUUCAGUACGCCAGUGUACGUUUCAUUAGGAAGCAGGAGGAUGCUCUCUACUCCAACAUUACGCUGGCUCAGCCCAAGAGAUACAAGGAUGAAGAUGAGGAAUACGAAGAUGGAGAGUACGCACUUGUCAACUUUAGCAGAGCCUCCUCCUGACUGAGACGUCAUGCUUCUGCAGAGGAUACAUCAGCAAAGUUAACAAAAACCACAGAGUGUAAAAACACCUCGAUCUAUGGCCACACUUCUCACACACAGCUUGUUGUUUUUGUGCACAAACACACCUUCAGCUGGUAGAUUGUUCAAUAAUGUGCAGGAAUUCAUCACCUCAGAUUCUACACAGAGAUCAGCUGGUAUUUAUUGUCUUAACAGAUGCAUUUUGGUAUCUUUUGUUAAAUUGACUUGAUUGUUCCGUUUUUGUGUGUAUAUCCUGUUAAAUGUUAUUGAAUAAAGGUAUGAAAUUCUUAAAUGUGUCUCUUGGACUUUGUCAGGUAUCUUCUUAACGAAAGGGGCUCAGAGUUUGUAGGUGAAACAGAAACAUAAAC